AUGGCAACAUCAAAAGCCCCCGCCACCGAAAUUCAUCGGGUUGUCAAUCUGGUUAUCAACAAUCUCGUCAACAUCAAAGAUGAGUCCGGAAAAUUCCUCAUGCCCCUUGCGGACGGUCGCAUUAUCGACACAAAGUCCUGGCAUGGAUGGGAGUGGACUCACGGUAUCGGUCUAUAUGGUGUCUGGAAAUACUAUGAAAUGACUGGCGAUGAGAAUCUGUUGAAGAUCAUCGAGGAUUGGUUUGCCGGGCGCUUCGCCGAAGGCACAACGAAGAAUAUCAAUACCAUGUCCCCAUUUCUUACUCUUGCUUAUAAGACUGGAAAUGCCACAUAUCUCCCUUGGCUCGAGUCAUGGGCUGAAUGGGCCAUGUACGAUCUACCGCGCACCAAAUACGGCGGCAUGCAGCAUGUCACCUAUCUCGCCGAUCACAAUCAGCAGCUUUGGGAUGAUACUCUUAUGAUGACCGUUAUGCCUCUUGCGAAGAUCGGCAAACUUUUGAACCGACCGCACUAUGUUGCUGAAGCGAAGAAGCAAUUCCUCACCCAUAUCAAAUAUCUUUUCGACACAAAGACGGGACUUUGGUUCCAUGGAUGGACAUUUGAGGAUGGUGGACAUAAUUUUGCGGAUGCGCGAUGGGCCCGUGGUAAUAGCUGGAUUACCAUCGUUAUUCCAGAGAUUAUCGAGCUCCUCGAUCUCGAACCAACCGAUCCAAUCCGCCUUCACCUGAUUGAAACGCUGGAUGCUCAAGUUGAGGCUCUCGCGCGCGUUCAGGCCGAGUCAGGCGGCUUCCACACUCUGCUCGACCACCCCGAUUCAUACCUGGAGGCAUCUGCGACCGCAGGGUUUGCCUACGGUAUCCUGAAAGCCGUCAGGAAGCGCUAUAUAAGCUCCAAGUACACACCUGUUGCGGAGAAGGCCAUCCAGGCUGUGUUGAAGGAUAUCGACCCGAGUGGUGAGCUACUAAACACUAGCUUCGGCACGGGCAUGGGCCCCAACUUGCAGUUCUACAAGGAUAUUCCCCUCACAUCGAUGCCGUACGGUCAAGCAAUGGCCAUCAUGGCUCUGGGUGAAUAUCUGCGAACAUACCUGUAG